UGGUUGUGCAUGAAGAGGAAGUACAUUCAAAUGAGUAUGCUAAUUGAAGGGCCGAAACAACCAGGGAACGACAUCAAUCUGUAUAUGGGGCUUCUGAAAGAGGAGCUAGCCACGCUAUGGGACACGCCUGCCAAUACGUGGGACGCCGCCGCGGAAGAAUAUUUCCCUAUGAGAGCCGCACUGCUCACGACGGUGCAUGACUUUCUCGGUUACGGAUAUGUCGCGGGGCAGGUGGUCCACGGAUUCAAUGCAUGCGUCAGGUGCAUGGACGACACAACGUACCGCCAGCUAGAUAGAGAUCCCGGGUCCUCGAAAACGGUGUUCAUGGGACAUCGAAGGUGGCUUCGCGAGGACGACGCAUGGAGGAAACGCAAGGAUCUGUUCGAUGGUCAAGACGAACCCCGAAGACGGCCACGUACGAGAAGCGGCGAGCAAAUAGACGAGCUAUUGAAAAAUUGGAAAGAGUGCCCACCGCCGGGAAAGAAGCGAAAGGCGCCGGAGCCGCUGCUUAAGGUAUGGAAGACGAGGUCUGUUUUCUGGGACUUGCCGUACUGGAAGAUCCUCCGUGUGCCUCACAGCCUUGAUGUCAUGCACAUCACGAAGAACGUGUGCGAGAGUCUGCUUGGUACCCUCCUCAACAUGCCAGAGAAGACCAAAGAUGGGCCGAAAGCAAGGUACGACUUGCAAUCAAUUGGGAUCAGGGAGGAGCUUCACGCGGGACGCCCUAAUGAUGAUGAUGAUGAUGACGAUGACGAUGAUGAGGCGGAGGACACGCAAAGUCGUCGCAAGGGCAAAAAUGCCAAAAAGAUUGAAUAUUAUUGCUGCUUGCUACUAGCUGCUACUAGUCUUAUUCUGUCGUCUGCUGCUUAG